GCUACAAGCAUAGGGUAUCGCUGGCAUGGCACCAGAGUUUAUGUAAUAUGAAUAAUUAGAAUUUAGAUGAGGCGAUAUAUUAUGUCGUGCCAUUAGAGAGAAUAAAAACGUUACCAUACAGCAGUAUUUAAUGUAUCUGGUGAUUCUAAUACAUACGGGACCAAGAAUGUGGUAAUAUUCUUGGAUUUCAUGUCAAGGCAGAAAUGAAAAGAAAAGAAAAGUAGUAAACAAGAUGGAGAAGCUAAACAAACUACGCACUUAUUCCUUGGUUAUUAGAAAGAGAAAGCUUUGUUCCUUUCCGUGGUUGUAUGUUAUGUUAUUAUAUUAAGUGGCCAUAUUUACAUGUUCUUCAAGGUAAUGUCUCGGUAACCAAAAAUCAAAAUAUAGAAAUGAAUAUUGCUAGUGUCAAAUUCCCAAUCAGCGCCUCAUGUCGGGGAAUAAACUCAGAUAUCACAAAGAGGCUUGCUUUCAAAAGACCAUGCAAUUUGCAUGGCAUGAGUUUCAAAAGCAUUGCCCUACGCAAAUCUUGGGUUAGCAGUAGAAUUUCUGCCAUUGGAUCAAAGGGAGAUUCCAACAAUUACAGGCAUAACUCCUCUCCGGCAGAAAAAGUUGAUGAAUUCUACAUAUGUAUCAACGAGAAAAAGCUAAAGCAACUGGGUGAAUGUGUAUCUAGAGAUGCUUGUUUUUAUGACUUUGCCUUCACCAAACCGUUCAAAGGAAAGAAGGAAGUGAUGCAAUUCUUAGAGCAGCUUAGUUGUAGCAUGGGCAAAAAUGUCAAAUUCAAAGUUAGACAAAUAUGCCAAGGACAACAUGAUGAUGAUGAUGAUGAUGAUGGUUUUACGGCUGCAGCUAAUUGGCACUUGGAAUGGAAAGAAGAACAGAUCCCAUUCACCAGAGGUUGCAGCUUCUUCAAGUUAUCAAGACAAGGAGAAAACAUCGUCAUUAGGAGAGCUGAAAUAGUAAUUGAAUCCCCAAUCAAGCCAGGAGGCAUAGUUCUGACUCUGUUGAAGACUCUGACUUCAUUAUUUGAUGACUUCCCACAGUUAGCUGAAUGGUUCUUAAGGAGUCCUCAUGCAAUACUUAGAUGGAUAAUGAAAAUAUACAAUAUAUUUGUAGCACCUUUAGUGACUCCACUACUUGACGGUUACAUAAGGCUUUGGAGCAUCACGGUUCGAUUGUUUAGCUAUGCAUUCAACAUACUCAUUUUCAUUUCCAAGUAUUUCAUCAAGUAG